AAAAAAAAUCACGGUUUUUAAAUAAAUUUUCGAAAUGAAGAAAUCAAAAUUAAUUUCACCUUAUAAAAAUACUCUGCAUUUCAAAAUUGGUCACAGUCACAGUAAAUCCAGCAAAAUGUCAACACUAAAGCCAAGUUUAUUUAUUUUCUUCCUCAGCCUAUUCAACCAUUCCCUGGCUGAGGUAUCGCACUUUUUCGCACCGGAAAUAAGUUAUUUUCAACAUCAUCAUCACAUACCGGGACCGCAACAAUCAAUACCCUUGGCAUUUCAUCCACCAUUGGCUGGAGUUUAUGGUUCACCGGUAUCUUCGAUAUAUCCCAAUCCUCCAGCAGCAGCCGCACCACCUCCACCACAAGUUGUAACCCCAGCGCCUGUGGCUCCCAUUCCUUCGUCUACCACGGAAUUCACAUUGCCCGAAAUUGUCGAUAAUCGCAGUGCCAAGGAUCAACGACAUUUUAUACCAUUACAUCGUCAGUAUGUACCACCUUCUGAGGAAAGGCCAAGCUAUGACACUCCAUUGCAAAGCGAUCCCAACAAAUAUCCCUUCAGCGGUUAUGUUUAUGAAAAACCAACAACAACUACGACGACAACCACUACAACUACCACCACUGAAAAACCCACCAGACCCAUUGUGGUGGAAGACUUGCCCUCUCAAUUUCUACCACCCUUUGGAAAUGAUACUCCGUCAUUUGAAAAUGAUGAAGAUUUCAAUAGACCCUUAUCGGAGGGUUACGAUUAUCAUGCUCCCCCUCCAGUUGUAAUACAAAGUGAUACCCCAUUUAGUCGUCCCUCAACACCGGCUCCCGUUUAUUUGCCAGCCUCCACGGAUCAACAGACGGUGUUGCAAAAUACCGAUCCAUCUGUGCCGCCAUUACGUCUACAUGUCCAUGAAAUGCGUUGUCUGCAGCCGCAGGCCAAACAGGGUGGAUAUUUUCGUUCGGUCCUUAAGGUGGAUAGUUUUAUUGGUGCCACUCCCACGGUGGAUAAUGAUUCCAGUGAUAAACGUUGUGAACUGAAGUUGCAUAAGAGCUAUGUUGUUGUCGACAUAGCCGGAGAGGAUUUCGGCAAGUGUGGUGUUCAGUCAUGUGGCACAGAUUUGUGUCUGCGCCUCAGAUUCCCUGCCCUGAGGGGAAUGCGAACUGGCUCGGAUAAUAUUUUGACAUUGCAUUGUAAAUCACAAAAUCGGGUGGCCGUCAAGACGCACGCCCUCAAAAUGGGUGUGGCCAAUGAUGUGCAAUCCCGCAGCCUGGGUACCCUGGCCAAGGGAGGAUCCCAGAAUUCCUUUAGGACUCAUGUGGAGCUUUUGCGGAAAACACCCCAGGGUUAUGCUAGACAUUUGCAAAGCAAUGAAGCUGUGCAGCUGGGGGAAGACUUACUGCUUCGGGCCCAUGUUGUGACGGGAGAUGGUUGGAAUUUCACCAAGCUAACCGAUGUGUGUCUCCAACGCAUUUCGCCCUCCGGAGAGGUGUUGAACAAUGUCCAACUCAUUACCGCCCAAGGAUGUUUGAAUCCCUCCAUGAAGGGUAUUUGUACCCAACCGCCCUCAUUCGAUGCCCCCUUGGGCUACAAGCUGCCUUUUAAGGCUGUCAUGUUCCAGGGCAUGCGUAGUGGUGAUGAAUUGUUGAUGUCCAUGCGCAUUACUGGAUGUUUGGACUAUCAUGAUUGUCAUGUUUCGGCGGAUCAAUGUUUCCCGCCAAAUUCUAAUCAUCUAGUGCGACGUAAGCGGGACAUGCCGGCCAAACAACAAAAUCAAACGGAGGUCUCUGAAAUUUCUAAAAUAUCUUUUCGUGUCAUCAUGCCCGAAGAUAAACAGACGGCGGCUAACAUGUCUGAAGGCAGAAAUGGCUCGUCAUCGUCGAAAUCAUUAAUCUUAAUGGGCUCCCUUGGGUUUGUUGUCCUCCUGGUGGCUUUGGGCAUUUUUGUUGUUUUAAAACUAAAGAAAUAAUUUAUAUUUAUUUUAGGUUAUUAUGUUCUGUUUUGUAGAUUUCGAUUAUUUUUACUAUUUUAAGCGACAAUAAAUAAUAGAUAAGUUUCAAA